UGCUGAGGUAAUUCGCUGCUGAGGUAAUUCGCUUCUAAAAAAAUUCGCCCCUGAAGAGGUUGCGCCAAAUUGAGACCUGUAAAGAGUUCCGUCCAAGCCCAAAGCCAAUGCCACAACAAAACAAAGGCACACGUGAAACGAGAAGUGAGAGCUGGAAAGAGGAAAGAAGGCGAAGGAAGACGUCCCAUCCGAUCCUUACAUUCGGUACUGGCCACCGUCGAUCUUGCUUCCGACCACCCAUUCCAUCUGAUUCCAUCCACACGUCACGCGCAUCCACCAUGACGGCCAUGACGGAGGAUAAAUCCGCGCAAAUCCAGGUUAAGUUCAUCGCCUCGGACGAGUCGUUGGCCGUGCCCUCGACCACGUUCACGGUGCCCUUGGCCUUGGACGCGUCGGGUCUGGAGCAGUUGCUGAAACGUCUGCUAGCCGAAAGCCACGAUUCCAUCGACGAGGCUCCACCCACCUGGUCCGAUCAAUCCUUUGAGUUUGUCCUUCGCGGCGACUUUCUGCGCACCUCCUUGGCGGGUUUUGUGCAAUCGCACGAGGGUGUCACGCCCGAGAGCGUCCUCGAGAUCCACUAUUUCGCCCGUAACCCACCCCCCGCCCCCGAUCAAGAUGUCAACCACGACGAUUGGGUGUCGGGCGUGUCGGCUUUGGACGGGCACGUGCUCACCGCCUGCUACGACAACACGAUCGCCCUCUUUUACGACGGACACAAGCUGCUCACCAUCCCCGGACACGACGGACCCGCCCGAGAUGUGGUCUGGAUUAGUUUGGACGAGGAUCAGGGCGUGUUUGCCUCCAGCUCCCACGAUCAGACUGUCAUGCUGUACCAAUGGAACGCCCGCACCCGCGCCAUUGAUGUCAUGAACGUGUGUCGCGGACACGAGCGCAGUGUGGAUUGUCUGGCCGUGGACCGAUCGCGCACGUUGCUGGCCUCGGGUUCCUUCGACACGCAUUUGAAGAUCUGGAGCGCCAAACUGCAAAGUCCGGACGAGAACGGCGGGAGUCAUGAAGCGUUGACCAACGGUUCGGGCGGUGAAUCCGAGAAGAAGAAAGCCCGAACCUCGCACAAAACCUUGAGUCGCACACCGCUGGUGACUUUGGGCGGGCAUAAAGAGGGCAUUUCCGGCGUGGCUUGGACCGAGGACAACGAGGUGUGUACCUCGUCGUGGGAUCACACGCUUAAGAUUUGGGAUUUUGAAAUGCGCGGCAUGAAGACUGAGUUGGUGGGGAAUAAGUCCUUUUUCGGAUUGUCUUACUCGCCGCUCAAUCGCACCAUUCUCACGUGCUCGGCGGAUCGCGCGAUUCGCUUGUAUGACCCGCGCUCCAAGGACGGCGUGCUCGUCAAGAACCAGUUCACGUCGCAUGACGGUUGGGUCACCUGUGUGGACUGGUGCCAAGAACGCGAAGAUCUCUUCAUUUCCGGAGGUCACGACACCGUGGUCAAAAUGUGGGAUCGGCGAUCCUGCGUCACACCUCUCUACGACAUGAAAGGCCACGAGGACCGCAUAUUAUGUUGUGACUGGAGUGAGAAAGACAUGGUGGUGAGUGGGGGUGCGGACAACACGAUGAAAAUCUACAAGAGCAAUGUUUGACCGAACUGGUUUGUAUUGAAUUCACUGAAUGAAUAAUUAAAUUUAUGAACAUGUCUA